AUGCCUCCCCCUCACGAGUGUUUUCUCUUGUUCACGUAUUCCAACAACUUCAACCUUUCGUUGUCUUCUUCAUUUGUGGGUUAUUCUUCGCCUCAUGUAUUCUCUUCUCAAGGGUGGAUUCUCCCGCUCAUGUCUAGAAUAUGCCUAGUUGCAGCUCUGGGCCAGGGUUGGAUUCAUGAAGUGAUAAGGGCAAUUCGUCGAAAAUGGAAGUUGUCGUUUGCGCUGCCUCCCUUGCUUGCGCUGAAUUUAACUUGGCUAUUACUUUAUAUAAGAUGGUGGAGCAUGAGACUGGUUGCUUUAUCUGGUCCCUCAAGAAAAAUCUCCCCCUUGUUGUUCAUUGUUGUUGAUCAGAAUAAUUCCUUUCAUGGUGUAGAGAUAGAAAUGGUUCGAACUAAGGAAUUAAUGGAGCUAACUGAUGUUGGUUAA